CCCGCGUGCGACCCAGGCCGAGCGCCGCGUGCCUGCUGUGCCGGGAGCUGGACUGGGGGCGUUCGCGGCGCGCGCCCGCUGAGCCGGGACCGGGCCGCGGGGGCGUUCUCGGCGCGCGCCAUGCUGCAGGCGCUCGGGCUCGUGGCCACGCUCGGGGAGGGGGACGCGGCGCCAGAGGAGCCCGAGUCUGGGGACUCGGGGGCGGAGGAGGAGGCGGAGGUGAGGGGCGGCCGGGCCGGGCCCCCGGAGCCAGGCCGCUGUCUGGGCCUUGCCUCACCCCCUUCUCGCCCGCAGGGGCCGCGGGGCCGGGGGCAGCAGAGAUGCCGCGGCGGGGACUUCAGCGCCGGCUUCGUCUUCGCGGAGAAGGAGGCUCCGGGCGCGGCGAGCGGGGCUUGGGCGGAGGCGCUGCGCCAGCUCAGGGGCAAGCAUCGCUGUGUGCCAGAGCUGCUGCUGGGUGGCUCUUACAGAUUCCCCCUUCCUCUCCCUAACUGUCUGUCUUGCCCUGCCCAGAGAGCAGCAGCAACAACACUGGAUGAGAAGAUUGAAAAAGUGAGAAAAAAAAGGAAAACGCAGGAAAGGGAAGCGAAACAUGUUACGAUGAAAGGGGAAGACACCGAGAUGGAGGAGGAUAAAACCAAAGAGAAGGAAAGUGAGGAAGACAGUAGAGAGGAGGAAGAGGAUGUAGAGUCCCAAUAUUCCUCAACUGAUGAGAGUAUCCUCACUAAAGCAGAUACCCUCAAGGUGAAGGAGCGAAAGAGACAGAAGAAAGUAGGAGAGAUCGAAACAGAGAGAUUUUUCGAAGAUGCGUCUCAGUACGAUGAUAACUUGUCAUUCCAGGACAUGAAUCUCUCACGCCCUCUACUAAAGGCAAUCACAGCCCUGGGCUUCAAGCAGCCAACCCCAAUCCAGAAGGCCUGUAUCCCCGUGGGUCUGCUGGGAAAGGAUAUUUGUGCUUGUGCUGCCACUGGGACAGGUAAAACUGCUGCAUUCACCCUACCUGUACUGGAGCGUUUGAUCUACAAACCUCGCCAGGCUCCAGUGACUCGGGUGCUGGUUCUGGUGCCAACACGAGAGUUAGGCAUUCAGGUGCACUCUGUCACCAAGCAGCUGGCCCAGUUCAGCAGCAUCACAACCUGCCUAGCUGUGGGGGGUCUGGAUGUGAAGACUCAGGAGGCAGCUUUGCGCUCUGGGCCAGACAUUCUCAUUGCCACUCCUGGGCGCCUGAUAGAUCAUCUCCAUAACUGCCCCUCCUUCCACCUGAGCAGCAUCGAGGUGCUGAUCUUGGAUGAGGCAGACAGGAUGUUGGAUGAGUAUUUUGAGGAACAGAUGAAGGAGAUAAUUCGGCUGUGCUCCCACCACCGUCAGACCAUGCUGUUCUCUGCCACCAUGACAGAUGAGGUAAAGGAUUUGGCUGCUGUUUCCCUGAAGAAUCCUGUCCGGAUUUUUGUGAAUAGCAACACGGACGUAGCCCCUUUUCUGCGGCAGGAAUUCAUCCGGGUCCGUCCCAACAGAGAAGGGGACAGAGAAGCUAUCGUGUCAGCUCUGCUGACACGGACCUUCACAGACCACGUGAUGCUUUUCACACAGACCAAGAAGCAGGCUCACCGCAUGCACAUCCUGCUGGGGCUGAUGGGUCUGCAGGUGGGGGAGCUGCAUGGGAACCUCUCUCAGACACAGCGGUUGGAGGCCCUCAGGCGCUUUAAAGAUGAGCAGAUCGAUGUACUGGUAGCUACGGACGUUGCGGCCCGAGGACUUGACAUUGAGGGUGUCAAAACGGUGAUCAACUUCACCAUGCCCAACACCACCAAGCACUAUGUGCACCGGGUGGGGCGGACAGCACGGGCCGGUCGGGCUGGCCGCUCAGUCUCACUGGUGGGCGAGGAGGAGCGCAAGAUGCUGAAGGAGAUUGUGAAGACAGCCAAGAUGCCAGUGAAGGCCAGAAUCCUCCCCCAGGAUGUGAUCCUGAAAUUCCGGGAGAAGAUUGGGAAGCUGGAGAAAGAUGUGUAUGCAGUGCUGCGUCUAGAGCGUGAAGAGCGUGAGAUGCAGCAAUCAGAGGCCCAGAUCAACAUGGCAAAGAAGCGACUGGAGACAGGAGAACAGAAGGUGGAAGAGGGGCCUGAGCGGAGCUGGUUCCAGAGCCGAGAGGAGAGGAAGAAAGAGAAAUUGGCUAAAGCCCUUCAGGAAUUUGACUUGGCGUUGAGAGGAAAGAAGAAGAGGAAGACAUUUAUGCAGGAUACUCAGAAAAAAGGCCAAAUGACACCAGAGGAGAGAUCACAAUUUGAAAUCCUGAAGUCACAGAUGUAUGCAGAGCGCGUAGCAAAGAGGAACCGCCGAGCAAAGCGAGCUCGAGUUGUGCCCGAGGAUGAGCCUCCCUCAGCAGGUCCCAAACGGAAGAUGCAAUCAUCUGUCUUCGAUGAGGAGCUCACCAACACAAGCAGGAAGGCCCUAAAACAGUAUCGUGCUGGCCCCUCCUUUGAAGAGCAGAAGCGUUUGGGCUUAGCCCGACACAGGAAAGGAGGGAACUUCAAAUCCAAAUCCAGGUAUAAGAGGAAGUGACAGCAGCUCUUUGCCAGAAGGAUUCCCUGGAAAAUCUAACUGUAGGAGACUUUGUGCCUCUUCCAGAAAAACCCUGCUUUCCAUUCUGUAUUUGCUAGAAUAAUGUAGCCUCUUAAGUGGCCUGAACUUACAAUGUCUGUUAAAUUCUUGGACUCAGUGUAAAUGCACCAGCACCUGCUGAAUUAGCACAUAAAGGAAAACCAUGUCUUCUGCAGUUGCAGCCAAGGAUUGACUUCCUUAUACUUUUGUAACAUAGCCUGCUGCUCACUUAGCUGUGGCAGUUGAGAAAACUAGACCAUGGGAGAUGGUACAAAACUGCCAGGAUGGUUCUCACUUCUUUACGUCUUGAGCUGUACACCUACAUCAGUGAGCAAGGAGGCAAGCAUCAUACAAUAAGUUCCAGCAGUUUUCACAUAGUAACAUUACAGGAACAGAUGUAGUAAACGGACAAAUAGUAACUUAACUCUAGUCAUCAGCUUUCCUUGAAGAAGGGUGGCACCACUUGCUGAUACUGCCAGGAAGUUAGUGGGAGAGAAAAUAGAGCAGAAAGGGCUGUAUCUACAUCUAGCCCUUGGAACCCUGCUCUAAAACAGAGAAGAGUUGAACAGUCACAAGGAGUAGCAGUUUCUCUAGAGCAAAGGUCUACUAGAGGUAGCACAGGCAUGAGCACUGAGGGCACAGCCUGCCUCUCCCUUUGUGAGAAGGAAGUAGCUCUAUGUUGUGCUAUGCUGCAGGAACAAAUAUGCCUAGAUUCAGACUACAUUCACUCCAGCUAUUUUCUUCCCUGCUGUCCUAAUGCAAUGGCUGUAGAAGGCUGCAGAUGCUGGAAAAAAUACUCUAGCACUAGUCCCAAUACAUAUAAGCCACUACUCUGCCUGCUGCUACUGUAUGAGGUCUUACUCAGUGCAUUAGGUCUUGACAAGGGAGGGGGCCCUGUGAUAGAGGAAACAGUUGACCUUGGUCUGGCAAGCUUACUAACACCCAGUUUAACAAAAGGACAGGUAGCAAUUCUACAGUGGAGAGUACAGAUGUGGGUCUCAAUCAAAAACCUGACCAGAAGCUACAAAUUAGGAUGAACAUGACUGGAUUAGAACAGCUUGCUGCAGCACAGUCCAGAAAAGGUGAAAUGUACUUAUUUGGGAGUGAAGGCCAAGUUCCAUUUUUAGUUGUCUAUGUUGAGAUGUAGACAGGACCCUUUGUAGUGGCAUAAUGGGACAGAUGCCAAACUAUUGUUAUUUGCUGACUUCAUAAUUCAGCUGAGUCCCAGCUCCUGGAGUCUCCUACUUAUAGCAAACACAAAGCUUGCUUUUAUGUUUAAAAACUGAGCCAUGUGUAACCAAACCAGUAAUAGCUGCCUGAGCCUGCAGACAUUUUG